GAAUUUACACGGCCCGGUCGUGUGAUUACAGUGAUGACGUCAGCAGGUGCCAUGACCUACCUGUCGCCUCAGGUAACUGAAAACAGCAGAAGACAUGGAGGAGGUAGAACACGGCUGUGGUGAGGUGUUUUAGCCUGCUUUUAGUCUCAGCACCAGGAUUUAUUCUUCCUCUAAACUCAGGACACGUUACAGGAUUAAAGUUUAAACGUGUUAGUGGUAAAAACCCUUCACUUCCGGGGACUGCGUCAUUUCUCUCCUUAUGCAUGAUGACGUCAGCAGGUGCCGUGACCUACCUGUCGCCUCAGGUAUCUGAAAACAGCAGAAGACAUGGAGGAGGUAGAACACGGCUGUGGUGAGGUGUUUUAGCCUGCUUUUAGUCUCAGCACCAGGAUUUAUUCUUCCUCUAAACUCAGGACACGUUACAGGAUUAAAGUUUAAACGUGUUAGUGGUAAAAACCCUUCACUUCCGGGGACUGCGUCAUUUCUCUCCUUAUGCAACCCUGAUGCUACAAAACCAUGUCAGGCAAUGGCAGAAGCAUCUCUCAGAGGUGGGAGAGGGCAGGAAGUUCUGACGCAUGGUCCAUGAAGAGUAGUAGCACUAAGAGCAGGACGUAUGAAGAGCGCUGUGUUGACCCGGUCAGCUCCGUGACCCAGUACCCAGGAGCGAUCCACAAUGUCCAUCGAGAAGAUGCUAAUGGAAAUGCUACCGUGCCAGAGAGUGUUCACUUUCUGCCUGGCAAGAAAGAGUCCACAUCUGGUGGACACACCUGCACGUGCGGUCCAUGUGUCUCGGUGAAAAGCUGUCGGACGUUUGCCUGUAGCUUGUUGACAUGCGGACUGUAUCACGUGUGUAGGCGAAUUCCAUGUCUGCUGUCUGCGGAAACCCGAGGCGACGAACCAGAAGUCGUUAAAGCUGUGACGUCGGUGCCUGAUGCUAAGAACGAUUUUUAUCCUGAUCUUUGUAUCGGUGGCAUCAAAGUGGAUCCAUCAGCGCUAAUGGUAGAACACGGGCAAGUCUCAUUUAAGCUUCUUAAAGAGGAAUCAGACAUCCCGACACACCGGAGUGGCAGCAUGCAUUUCAGAGACCUACAAGACGAGGACUUAAUUUACCGAGGCACAGAUGAGGACGUGGACUCGCUAAUCACACGUAAACUGCUCGAGGUUUUCUCUGAGUUUGAGAUCAACGAGCUCGCAAAAUGCACGUCGGACUCCAUGUUCCUGAAGCGCUCGCAGGAGAUCAGUCAGCUCAUCUCAGAUAUCGUCGAGGAGCACAACAUCAGGGAGCAGGAAGCGGAAUGCCGCUUGGUGCGCGAGAUCAUCCGCAUCAGCACACGUAAGAGCAAGAAGAGAGUGAUGGUGAGACAGCAGGAGCUGCAGAGAGACAGUGGUAACGACACCUGGAGGAGCAGCAAGAGGAGCAGCAAGAAGAACAGCCUCAACUCCAUGAGCGAUGGCAGUCUGAAGAUUUCAGAGGAGAGAUCUGAUGACGUAGAAGCACGGAAUCUGCGGAACAACAGUAAUCAGUCGUACAUGCCCAGCUCUCCUGUGUCUCUCUCACCGAGCAUGGACAACGUCACCCCCAUCACCUCAGACACUCCUUUACUCCAUCACGGACUGAGAGCCUGACCUUGUGUUUAUUCCCCGUCUCUCUUGACCUCUGCGAUUGUAAUGAAGAACCUAUGCUUGCUCUCUUCCAGUCCUCAGAGCUGUAUGACAAGAGACUAUGACGUUCCUGGAUUUAUUGAAUUGUACAGUAGAUGAUGACGAGGGGUGAAACACUAGACGACAUGAAAUAAGAAGCUGUUCUUGUGAAAUGAGGUUAAAAAAAUAAAAAUCAGCAUUAGCUCAAUUCAUCCACUGUGGCACUUUCUGAAGUAGUGACUGAAGGACAGCUUUUUCUCUGUAAAUAGACAAAACGCAUCCGUGUAUGAGCCAGAGAAGCGUUUUAAAUGACAUUAGCUGGGGUUAAAUGAGGACAUGUGAAUAUACUUGUGAAUAAAAUCUGUUGCUUUUCCAUUUUCUUCGAUUAGUCUUAGAUGAAAUUGCAUUCUAUGAGUUGUGAUUGAAUCAGUAACACUAACAGAGUCGAUUCCGAGCUGUAUUUAUUUUCCUUGUCACUAAUAUAAAGGUUGGUGAAAUUCCCUGAAACAGGAAGCCUUUAAGAGCGAGACUGACCUUCAGAUGAGUUUGACAUGAGUUCAUCUGUUGAAAGCUGAUCUUUCUUCUCUACCACAAACUGCCAUGAAGCUCCUCAGGCCAAAUAUCACAUUGUUGAGGAGGUUAAGGAAGGUUUAGGAGAUACAAAGUGCUAACCUUUUAUCAGCUGAGGCUGGAGUCAGAGUCUGUCUCUACAUUCACAUCUGUGAAAGUGUUGGAAUGCAUAGAUCAUAAGUCGUAUAGAAAUACAUUAGAGAUGAAGUGAACCACUACAAACACACAGAGAGAAGAGACACGGGUUUAGUUUUCGUGGACCUCUGCGACCGUGAGCUUUUUUAAAGUAGAAGGUUUCAGGAAAUUUUUCAACUCGGAAACGACACAAAAAGACGUGAAGGCAGUUUUCAGUUACGAGGAUCCUGGAAAAUCCAGACAGAUCUUUAUUUAGUUUUCUCAGACUUUGUGUGGGAUAAAAGUGAACAAGUUUAGUAGGUUUAUUCCCCCAGCACCUAAGACUAGUGGCCUCCACUAAAAAACACUGCCUUACUGAGCUCUGGAAUACAACCAUCAUUUAAUUUAAUCCUAUUUCUGAAUCCAUUUAAUAAUUUAAUUUAAAAAUAGACCUUGUACAUUCCUUGUGUGUGUUUUUUCUUGUCAUACUUCAGUGAUCCUUCUGUAUUAUUAUUAAUAAUAAAACCAGAAUCAGGCUUCAGCUUUCAGAUGGAGAAUCUGACCGUGUGUAACGUACCAAACCCAGAAACUGAAGUAAAUUUGCUGAAUUAUUGUUAUUGUUAUUAUUAUUAUUAUUAUUAUUGUUAUUAUUAUUGUAAACGGUAGCAUUGACAGUUCCACAGAGCUUCUGCUUCAGGAGUGAAAUAAAGCUUUGUUCUGCAGAA